AACCGAAGAAAAAUAUCAUUUUUCAACCAACGGUUUUGUUAUAAACUGUAUUUCGAUCCAUUACUGUGUAUUUUUAUACACUUUGAAUACUAUUUAAAUAUAAUAUAGUAAUUAUAAAUACUCCGACUAUAGGAAUUAUGAUGUCAACUUCUGGACCAGAUAUGAGCCAAAAAUCGAAAAAAAGCGUGAUCACACAUUCUAGUGAAUACACAAUGGACCAAAACUCACAAUUGGGUUUUUCAAGUAUCGAUGAAGUGAAAAAUGCGGCGCCAAUUGAAAUGGAUGAAACAUACGAUUGUGAUGAGCCCAUGAUGUUUAUAGUAGACGGAAAUGUUCUUUUGAGCUCAGAAGUUACCAUUGAUGAUGAAAUGAAAAAUGAGGCACCAAUUGAAAUAGAAGGAACAGUUGAAUAUUUCUAUGAGAACACAAUACAUAUACAGAAAGAAAAUGAUAUGCUGAACACACUUACCAAUGUAAAUGAAAUUACCAAUGAAGCGAUUAUAAUUGAUGUAAUUAAUCAUCUAACAAAAACCUAUGAACAUUCGGACAAAUAUCAAUGCGGUUAGUGUGAAAAAAUGUUUUUUGCCGUAAGGCAAAUAGUCUGUCAUUUAAUUUAUGUCCACAAUACUCGUGUAUAUGUAUGCAAGACUUCACUCACAAAUAACGAACGAGUGCCUAUUGCAGUAGAACUGUACAAAUGUGACGUAUGCGUCAAGUACUUUACUACUCGUACAAAAUCUUACCUUGUAGUACACAAACACGUGCAAUGUGGAUUAAUAAUUGUGUCCCCGAAUUGGCUGGCAAAAACGUCAUCGUUGAAGAUGUUCAGAUAAUAUGUCAGAAUCAUUUUGAAGACAAAAUGU